AUGGCCAGGGCUCCGGCCCUCUCUAAUUCCCACCACACCUCGCCGUUAACCAUGUCGUCGUUUCUCGUCAUUACCCUCUUAAUCGUCGCACCGCUCGCGUGCGUGGCCGUCACGCGCCCGUCGGACAUAGAGGCCCUCGUCGCGUUUAAAAAGGAUCUCAAAGAUCCCGCGCCGCUCAAGUGGCCCGAAUCGGGCGAUCCGUGCGAAGACGGCUGGGAGCACCUUUCGUGCAGCCGCGACCCAUCGUCCGACUACCACGUCAUCUCCAGCCUGCUAUUGCCGCAACUCGCCCUCGGCGGCAAGCUCGCGCCGGCCAUCGCGAACCUGACGGACCUGCGCGCCGUGUUUCUGGGCGACAACGGCUUCACGGGGCCGGUCCCGGCGGAGCUGGGGCGGUUGGAGAAGAUGGAGAAGAUAGGGCUAGAUCACAACCUGUUAACGUCUAUCCCUGUUAACCUGUUCGAGAAUAUGACGAACCUGCAGGCCGUCUACCUGCUGGCGAACGACUUCCAGGGCCAGCCCAUGCCGGACUUUUCCAAAAACACCGCCCUCGAGGUCAUCGAGCUCACCGAGUGUGCCUUCUCCGGUCCCCUGCCUGCGUACCUCGGCGGCUUGGCUGCGCUGGUGAACCUCAGUCUGGCGCACAACCAGUUCGCCGGCGAGAUCCCCCCCCGCAUGUUCGGCGCGGGCCAGGCGAGUCUGCAGUCCGUGCGGCUGAACAACAACCAGAUCAAGGGGCCCAUCCCCGACGGUCUCGGACAGGUGCCGCUGCUCUCGGAGCUCUGGCUGCACGGUAACCUGCUCUCGGGCGCCAUUCCCGACUCGCUGGGCGGGCCGCUGUCGCUGCUGCAGUCGGUGAAGCUGUACGAGAACCAGCUGACGGGCAUGGUGCCCAAGUCCCUGGGCGACACGCCCAACCUGCGCGACCUGGAGGUGCAGAAGAACCAGCUAGUGGGGCCCAUCUGGCGCUUCAUGAAGCAAUUCGGCAACAAGAGCUACAGCCCCAACGGCUUCUGCGGAGCCAAACCCGGUGACAAGUGUCCGCGGGAGACGAUGGCGCUCCUGGAGUUGCUCAAGGCUGUUCAGUACCCGCCCGUGCUCGUCGCGUCGUGGAAGGGGGCGUCGCCGUGCGGCGCCGCUGACCAGGCGUUGUCGUGGGUGGGUGUGGGGUGCUCGGCGCGCGGCAAGGUGCGCAGCAUAACGCUGGCCAGGCAGGGUCUCAACGGCACGCUCUCGCCGUCGCUGGGGAGGCUCCUAUCGCUUGAGAUGCUGCAGGUGCCCGGCAACAACCUCACUGGACCCGUGCCGCCCGAGCUCGCCACGCUGCCCACGCUCAAAGCCGUCAACCUCGCAAACAACAGCUUCACGGGCGAUCUGCCCCAGUUCGCGCCGGGAGUCACGGUUCUCUCCACGGGCAACCAGUUCACUGUUGCCGAACCGCCCGCGGCGCCGCCAUCCGAGCCGCCAGUCGUGCCGCCUACCGCGCCUCCCUCUCUGCCUUCAGUGCCGAAGCCUCCCGUUGUGGUGCCGCCCGUAGUAGUGGUGCCCAAGCCUAAGGUGCAGCCGCCAGUGGUCGUUCCGAAGCCCAAGGUGCCACCCGUCGUCGUCAAGACUUCUCCGCGCAAGCCGCACGUGCCGCGCCGGCCGCACAAGCCUAAGAGUCCUGUGGUGUCGCCCCCCGUUAAUGUCACUCGGCCCACCACGCCGCUGAAGCCUGUUCCUCCGACACCUAGCACACCCCCAGCGACCGUGCCAGCGAAUGUGACCGCACCGGCGUCACUCCCUUCAACGCCUCCGCCUCAAGCGCCAGUUCAAAACGUUAGCGCGAUUGCCGGGGGUGGCAGCGCCGCAAGCAGCGCCAGCAGCGGCAGCAGCGCGGCACCAGCGAGCAGCGAGAGCGGCGGCAGCUCCGUGCCGAUAGCGGCGAUCGUGGUCCCCGUGGCGCUGCUGUGCUGCUUUGCCCUCGCGCUCUGCGGUCUCUGCAUCUUCUUCCGCCGGUCGCGCCACUGGCGCCGCGUGGGCAGCCCGUCCAUGUCUGACUCGCGGGAUCCGCAGGGAGUGCUGGCGUCGGCGACGGUGCCGAUAUCGUUGGCAGGGGCCGUGGCGCCCACCGACGUCAAGAUCCGCAUCGACCCUGCGGCGCUCGCCGCCAGUCGCGGGUUCGCGGUGGGCGACUCGUCGGAGGGCGACCUGCUCAUCCGCAUCGAGGUCAUCCGCGCCGCCACCGGCGACUUCGCGCCGUCCAACAUCAUCGGCAAGGGCGGCUUCGGUACCGUCUAUAAGGGCGAGUUGGAGGACGGCACCAAGGUGGCGGUGAAGCGCAUGGAGCUGGGUCACCUCUCCACCAAGGGCCUCUCCGAGUUCCAGGCGGAGAUCGGCGUGCUGACGAAGUUGCGGCACCGCCAUCUGGUGGCGCUGCUGGGCUACGUCGUGGACGGCUACGAGCGCCUGCUCGUCUACGAGUACAUGCCCAAGGGACCGCUGAGCCGGCACCUGUUCGACCACCAGCGCCUGGGGCUGCGGCCGCUGGACUGGCGCACGCGCGUGUCCGUGGCGCUGGACGUGGCGCGCGGGCUGGAGUACCUGCACGGGCUGGCGCGCGCGUCGUUCAUCCACCGCGACAUGAAGCCGAGCAACGUGCUGCUGGACGACUCGUACCGCGCCAAGGUCUCGGACUUCGGCCUCGUCAAGCAGCAGCAGCUCGGCGGCAUCGACGGCUACCAGCCUUCCAUCGAAACCCGCCUCGCUGGCACUUUCGGCUACCUCGCGCCUGAAUAUGCAGUGACGGGCAAGGUGACGACCAAGUCGGACGUGUACAGCUACGGCGUGGUGCUCAUGGAGCUCGUCACGGGCCGACGCGCGCUCGACUCGAGCCAGUCCGAGGACACGGUGCACCUCGCCACGUGGCUGCCGCCUCACAUCCCCGACCGCCAAAAGCUCGCUCUCGUGGUGGAUCCGACGCUGGCAGCGGAGUCACCAACGGUGGUGGGCGGGGAGGCGGGCAGCGGGGUGACGGUGUUCGAGUCCAUCUGCGCCAUGGCGGACCUCGCGCUGCACUGUACCGCCAGGGACCCCAAGCGACGCCCCACCAUGAGCGACGUUGUUGCUGCGCUUGUGCCCCUCGUGCAGCAGUGGAAACCCCAGGAUCCAUUGGAGGACCAGACGGGCGGCAUCGACAUGGCAAUCAGCCUGGCGGACGCGCUGCAGCAGUGGAAGGAGAUGGGCGAGGGUGAUGAGCUGCCCGGCGCCUACAACCCUGACGACAGCUUCUGCGCUGACUGCAGCCCCAGCUUUGAUGGGCUGGGCGCUGUUGCUGCCCCAGGGGCGUGCGCCAACGGGUGCUGCAAGGGCAAAAAGGCAACAGGCGAGGAGGGUGAGACGUCUGCGGGUGACAAGGCAGGGGAGAAGCUGGGUGCAGGGGCCAAGGACGUGGGUGCGUUUGUGAGUGGUGACCUGGAUGAGGCAGCGACACUGGGUGCUGGCAGUGGCAAGGGAGGCAAGGUGGUGCUGGUGGAGUAUGGCGGCAAGCAGCCCAGUGCAGGAGAGGCAGUGGCCACUGCAGCCAAGCUGGGUGAGGUGCUCAACGGGCUGUCGGCACCAGACAUGACUCUGGAGGAGCAGUAUGCAGUGGACGGCUCUCCAGGCAGGGCAGACCUCAGUGUGGCCAGCAUUCCCACCUUUGUGCCGGGGGCAGCUGUGGUUUCUGCCAGACCCUGGGCCGUGGUGGAGUACGGUGCACAGCUGCAGGCGGCGGGGCAGCUGGGGUACGCGCUGGACGCCAUACGAUGGGGCACCGACUACUUCCUCAAGGCCAACACGGGCCCCACGGAGCUGUGGGGACAGGUGGGUGACGGCAACUCGGACCAUGCAUGCUGGCAACGGCCUGAGGACAUGACAACGGACCGCACGGCGUACAAGAUCGAUGCUCAGCACCCCGGCUCCGACCUCGCGGGCGAGACUGCUGCUGCGCUCGCUGCAGCGUCCAUCGCCUUCAGGGGCCGCAACAGCUCCUAUGCCAACACACUCCAGACACGCGCGCGCCAGCUAUUCGUGUUUGCAGACGAGUACCGUGGUGUGUACAGUGACGCCAUCCCCAGUGCGCAGAACUUCUACCGCUCGUUCAGCGGCUUCCAGGACGAGCUGCUGUGGGCGGCAGCGUGGCUGUACCGGGCGACGGGUGAUGAGGCGUACCUGCAGUACAUACAGCGCAACGACGCUCAGCUGGGCGGCAGCACACAGCAGCUGAGCGAGUUCAGCUGGGACAACAAGUACGCGGGGGCGCAACUGCUGCUCACCGAGCUGCUGCUGACCGGUCGCAUCCCCUCGAGCUCGUCAGACCUGUUCAACCACUACCGCCGUAAUGCUGAGUUCUACGUCUGCAGCAACAUGCCCGACAACCCACUCUCCCACACUCCCCGCACCCCAGGGGGGCAUCUGUACAUCCCAGGGCGCGCGGUGAACAACCAGUACGUGACCAACAUGGCGUUCCUCACCACCGUGCUCGCUGACACACUGCAGCGCGCGGGGCAGAACCUGCAGUGCGCCUCCACCACCUUCACACCGCAGCAGCUCCUCACCGAGGCCAGGCGCCAGGUGGAGUACAUCCUGGGGCGCAACCCCCAGGGCCUGUCCUACAUGGUGGGUUUCUCCUCCUCCUUCCCCCAGCGCAUCCACCACCGCGGCGCCUCCAUCCCCUCCAUCUUCGUCGCCCCGCAGCAGAUCGGGUGCUCCGAGGGCUUCCGCUACCUCACCGCCUCCUCCCCCAACCCCAAUGUGCAUGUUGGCGCCAUUGUCGGCGGUCCCAGAGACGGGAGUGAUGCAUACGCUGAUGACCGCACUGACUACAGCACGGCAGAGCCCGCCACAUACAUCAACCCAGGCAUGGUUGCCCGUAAGCACGCGGAGCGCCUCGCCACGGGCUCCGAGGGAGAUCUUAACGGUUCUGCUAGCGCUCGCGGUAACGGUGCGGGGGAAGGGGUCGGAGCUGGGGAAACGGCGGGCGGGGAGGGCGGGGGAGUGGGGGACAGCCUUUUCGCAGGGCUGCGGCUGAUGACGCCGAGCCUGGACCGCGAGCGCGGCUCGUAUGGCGUGCGCGAGGCGGCGCUGGGUCGCUGCGUGGCGGAGGCCAUUGGGCUGGCGCGUGGCUCGGACGAGGCGCGGCUGCUGGAGGACUGGCAGAAGGGCGGGCGGGGCCACGUGGGCGAGAACGCUGGCGACUUCGUGAAAGUCGCGAUGGAGGUGAGCGCGCGGAGCAGAGAGACGCUGGUGGGAAGAAACGAGGUGCUGGGACAGCAGUGCAGCUGCAUGGCAUACACACAAGCACAUUCUAAGGGGCCUUCACGCUUGGCUUGCCUGAUCUAUUUCCUGCCUCCGCCCCACUCCCGCCUUCCCUCCCCCCCCCUCCUUCUCGCCUCACGUCGGGGCUUCUCCCCCUCCUCACCGCCGGCGCGCGUGUGGGGAGCGCGAGUGCAGGUGCUGAAGAAGCGGCAGCAGGAAUUGCGAGGCGACCUGACGAUCGCAGGUGUGAACGCACUGCUGGACGACCUCGCUGCUGCCGGCCCCAGGUCAUGCCGCCCCCUCGCCCCGCCCACUUCGCCUCCGCUCCCACGCCCUCGCCCUCCCCUUCCACUGCACAUUCCUUCCCUCCCCUCCAACCCCCAGCUCCAACCCCCCCCCUUUCCCCCUUUCUCCCUUUUCUUCCUGGUGCUUCCCUCCCCCCUCCCAGCCACUGCCCAGUGCUUGCGCUCUCGGUUUCGGUUUCCCUCUCAGCUUACUUGUUGCUCUCACCUCCUCACUGCCCUCGUCGCCACCUGCUACUGUGGGGGAGGGGGGGUGUUGCGUGCAUGCGUGGGUGGGGAGGGAGGGGCAUGUGAGUGUGAGUGUGCAUGCGUGGCGAGUGCGGGGAGCAGGGAGGCGAAGGUGGCAGUGGUGGACCGCAUGAGGAACGCCACCAACCCCACACAAAUCAAGUGGAUCCUCCUCAUCAUCCUGCAAGGGCUGCACUUCGGCAUGAGUGACAAGUCGGUGCUGCGCGCGUUCCACCCCGACGCCGAGGAGGUCUUCAACCACACCUGCGACCUGCGCCGCCUCUGCCACUCCCUGCCCUCCCGCUCCGUCCGCGCCAAGCGCCAGGACAUAGAGCCAGGGAGUGCAGUGCGCCCACAGCUGGCCAGGCGAGUGGACACGGCGGAAGCUGCCUGGAGCCUGAUGAAGGGCAAGGAGGUGGUGGUGGAGUGCAAGUUUGAUGGCGACCGCGUGCAGAUCCAUAAGAAUGGCACCGCCAUUAACUUCUUCUCGAGGAACUUCAAGGAGCAUCCGGAGUUUCUUUCUGGCAUGGAGGAUCUGGUCAUCGAGAACAUUCUCACAGACAAGUGUAUAUUGGACGGGGAGAUGCUGGCAUGGGAUCGAAAGAACAACAGAUUCGUGGAGUUCGGAUCCAAUCAAACAGCAGCAAAGGAGGCGCGAGAGGGCAGCAACAGUGACAUCCAGCUAUGCUACGUGGCGUUUGACAUUCUCUACCAUAGGGACGGCAGUGUGAUCCACUAUCCACUCAAGCGCCGCCACGAGCUGCUCAGGGAGGUCGUGCGCUUCAAGCCACACCGCUUCGAGCUGCUGCUGCCGCCUGACCCCCGCUCCUCCAACAUCUCCCCACGCGCUCCUGGCGAGCCCAACUGGUCACAGUAUGCACACAGUGCAGCAGACAUCCAAGCCUUCUUCGUGCAGACUGUUGACAACAGGGACGAGGGCGUGGUGGUGAAGGACCUACAGUCGCCAUGGGAGGCGGGCGACCGCUCCUCCAAGUGGCUCAAGCUCAAGCCCGACUACAUGGAUACCGGCGCUGACAUCGACGCCCUCGUCAUGGGCGCCUAUUUCGGAUCUAAUCGCCGCGGAGGAGAGUUAUCUCAGUUCCUGCUCGGCCUGUGGGAGCACCCCCCAGACCCGGACCAGCCUCCUCCACGCCUAAUGUCGUUCUGCCGGGUGGGCGGAGGUAUGUCGGAUGAUGACCUGGUGGACCUCAGGGAGCGACUGCUGCCCGUGCUGCAGCUCAACGAGAGAGGCCAGCCCCCUUCGAAGCUGUACGCAGUGACCAACCAUGCCAAGGAGCGCCCAGACGUCUGGGUCUCUGACCCCACCAGGUCUGUGGUGUUGCAGAUUCGCGGUGACAUCCGAGUCAUACGGACCGAGGUGUUUCAAGCGCCUCGCUCGCUGCGCUUCCCCCGUGUCACUCGCGUGCGCCAUGACAAGCUCUGGUGGGACUCGCUCGACCUGCCAGAGUGGCAGCGCAUUGUGCAGGAGAGGGAGGAGCAGCGCAGCCGCGCCCUCAAGGACCGAGAGGCUGCCAAAGGCGCAGGGGGAAAGGGGCGGGGGCGAGGAAAAGGCAAGGGCAAGGGGGCGAGGAGGAAGAGGGCGGUGGAGGUACCAGCAUUUAUGAAGCCUGGGGGAGGGGCUGCAGGGCAGGCUGUGGGGCAGAGCGGCUCAGCUGAGCUCUUCUUCUCCGGUUGCACUUUCUACGUGGUGUCGGCCCCCCCGGGCAUGCAGCAGAGCACAGUGCAGCAGGUGGUGAGGCAUGGGGGAGUGGUGUCGGCAAAUCUCAGCCGCACUGUGACCCACACAGUCGCACAUUCAGCAUCAGGGGGUUUUCGUCUCAAGGCGGCUGUGAAUGCAGGAGAUGUGCUCACAUACGAGUGGUUGAAAGAGUGCCUGCAAGCCCGCAAGCUCAUUCCACCCAAGUCCAACAGGCACUAUGUGCACCGAUCCCCAAGCACGGUGCAGCGGCAGCAGCAGCAGAUGGACAAGUAUGGGGACUCGUACACAGACGACAUUGCCGACGCCGUGGAGCUCAAGCAGCUCUUUGCGAAAGUGUCCGAGGCAGCAGUCAAAGCAGUACCGAGUGGUGACUUGGCGGUGCAGCGGCGCAAGCUGUGUGUUGAGUCGGGUGCCGUGCACACUUGCAUCUUCCAGGGGGUCGUGCUCUUUGUGCUGCCGUGCCUUCCUGCCCUGCACCACCAGCACUCAUGGGCGGAGUGGCAGCAUGUGAGUGAGGUGAUGGCAGGGCGCAGGGCAGCACUGGAGGUAGCCAUGGGGGGAGGCACUGUGGAGACGAGGCUCUCAACGCAUGUCAUGCACCUGCUGCUGCCCUCGUGCCUCGCAUUCAUUCAGCACGCAGAUGUGGAGGCUACCGUGAGGCAGUAUGAAGAAAGCCUCACAGCAUGGCAGCUGGCUCUUGUCUCGCGCUCCUUAUCAGUGCAUGCCCAGUCCAAGCCUGUACCACCGCUGCCACCAACACAAGGAGAAGCAGCAGCAGCAGCAUUGCCACACCCCCGUGUCUCUGCCCAGCAGCAUCCGGCACAUGUGCCACGGAUUGUCACAGUUGCAUGUGUGGAGAAGCGGCUAGAGGGGCAGGGGGAGGAGGGGCCUUGGGAGGGUUUUGGAGGGCCCAGCUGUCCAGCUUUCCUGGAAUCCUCUGACAGCGAUGGGGAGGAGACUGGGAAGGACGAGGAUGAGGGGAGCAGCACUGACUCAGAUGGCACUGGUGAUGCUGGCGCUCCUGCCGAAGCUGAUGCUGAUGGUAGUGAUGGUAGUGGGGAGGAGGAAGAGGAGGAGGAAGAGACGACGGACGAUGAGGGGGAUGGGUCGGUGGUAGGAGGGGUGCAAGAGCCGAGGUGGGAAGGAGUUGGUGCAGCAACACAGCAGUUGGAAGACGAGAUGAGUGUGUGUGAGAAGAGCAUGGGCACCACAGAUAAUGGUAUAUCUGGGGUAAGUGGAAUGCAGACUCAUGCACAUGUGACACCAGCCAGGAAUGUGAGUGAACCAGGCACAAGUGGGGUGGCUGAGGCACCUUCGAGUGAGUGCAAGGAACAAGAGCAGCACGCGAGCAAGCGAUUGUGCGGGGAGGAAAUGCAUGGUGUUUCGGAGUUGAUCGAAGUGCUAGGAGAUACAGAUCAGGGCAGCAGGGGGGUGAGAGAUGAGUGGAAGGAGGGAAGCCUAGAGAAGAUGGGGAAGGAUGUGAUGGAAAUGAGUGGAAAGGGGGAGAGUGAGGAAGCAGGGAACAGAGGUGAUGCUGAGAAUGGGUCAGGGAAGGUCGAGGAGCAAAAAACUAGAGAAGUCGAUUCAGAGAAGGUUGACGUAGAUGACAAGAUGAACGAGUUGUUCGAUUUCUUCUUUAGUUAG